GGCGGGUUAUUUGGUGAAAUGUGACGCUUGAGCCGGGAACCCAUUGAGAAAUUCGCCUUCUGCCAUGACCGCACUUAUCACCACCGCAAGCAACUCCGUGCUGGAGACAGACACCAGUUCUUCAGAUUCACAGUCUGCAGAGCUGCUGACGAGAUCGUCACUUUUCAACGGACCGUUAUUUUUUAUUCUCGAUCCACUACCCCUGUCGUUUUUCCGUGUUUAUAGUGCUAGACUUCAGAAAGUAGUCAGAACUGUUCGUUUUUGUAACUUUUUCUUUAGCACCCAAACCUUGAAGGGCUUUGUUUUGUUUUAUAUACUUCUUCCAUAGUGUUGUUCCUCUCAAGGAUGCGCCAAAGGAUGGGUCAUGUUCUGAAUCAGAAGAGGAGCCUUUUGGAUGUUCUCUGCGUGUAUUUGUCUGUUUCUGUAGUUCACUCCUACAACAUUGACUUAGAACGUGCUGUUGUGUUCCGUGGACCUGACUCGAGUUUCUUUGGAUACUCUGUUCUGGAGCACUAUCAUGACAAUACGCGCUGGGUUCUGGUAGGGGCCCCCAAGGCCAACUCUUCCUACAGCAGCUCACUUCACACCCCGGGAGCCGUGUUCAAGUGCCGUGUCCACAGCAACCCAGAGAGACGCUGCACGGAGAUGAACCUGGGCCGAGGGAAUAAGCCCCGGGAGUCUUGUGGGAAGACGUGCCAGGGAGACAGGGAUGAUGAGUGGAUGGGGGUCAGCCUCGCCCGGCAGGACAAACCCAAUGGCAAAAUACUGGCCUGUGCCCACCGUUGGAAGAAUGUCUUCUAUGACUCUGAGCUCAUCCUUCCCCAUGGUUACUGUUCCAUCAUCCCUCCUACGCUACAGGGCCGGACCCAAGCCCUCAUCCCCUGCUACGAAGACUAUAAGCAGAAGUAUGGGGAAGAGCACGGCUCGUGCCAAGCGGGGAUAGCAGGCGUUUUUACUGAGGAGCUGGUGGUGAUGGGAGCUCCGGGAUCAUACUACUGGACAGGAACAGUUAAGGUCUACAACCUGACCUCCAACACCUUCUACAACCCCAACAAAGAAGACAUUGACUCACACAGAUACAGUUAUCUAGGUUAUGCCGUGACUACUGGACACUUCUCGUCUCCUAACAUCAUAGAUGUGGCUGCAGGAGCUCCACAACACAGUGGAGAGGGGAAAGUUUACAUUUUCAGAAUCAAUGGUGUGUCUUUGGUGAAGAUCUUUCAAGCCUCAGGGACAAUGAUGGGCUCUUACUUUGGCUCCUCAUUAUGUGGAGUUGACCUGAACAGGGAUGGCCUGUCGGACCUGCUGGUUGGAGCGCCCAUGCACAGCACGCUACGGGACGAGGGACAGGUCUCUGUCUACCUCAGCAAAGGCAACGGUGUGAUGGAGGAAGCAGGACUCUUAAAUGGUGAUAAUGCCUACAGUGCACACUUUGGAGAGUGCAUCACUGCAAUCGGAGACAUUGAUGACGAUGGGUACCAAGAUGUGGCCAUAGGAGCACCCAAAGAAGAUGACUACGGUGGAGCGGUUUACAUUUACCAUGGUGAUGCCACAGGAAUCGUCACCAAAUAUUCUAUGAGAGUGUCUGGACAGAGCAUUAACCCCGCCCUCCAGAUGUUCGGCCAAUCAAUCUCUGGCAAUGUGGACAUGGACAGCAAUGGAUAUCCAGAUAUUACCAUUGGUGCUUUUAUGGCUGAUAGCGUGGUGUUAUUGAGGUCCCGGCCGGUGAUCACUGUGGACGUGUCUAUCUACCUGCCUGUCUCCAUCAACAUCUCUGUGCCUCAGUGUCACGAGGGACCACAACACCUCAACUGUUUCAACGCAAGAGUCUGCCUGCUCUUCAGAGGAAAACACCUGCCAGGACAGAUAGAGUUGUUGUAUAACCUGACAGCUGAUGUGGAUAAGAGGCAGAGGAGCCAGUCUUCCAGAGUGUACUUCAUUCAGAACGGAGCCCAGAUCAGCUUAAUGAGCAACGAGCUCAGUCUGGACAUCAACAGAGAGAAUUGCCAACAGUACACUGCAUAUGUUAAGAAGGACGUGAAAGACGUAUUCACAGCCAUCACCUUUGAGGUGGCCUACACCCUGGGGAAGCAUGUGGUGAACGGUCACCUGGACAAAGACCUGCCUGCUCUUACACCUGUACUGCGCUGGAGGAAAGGAGGCAAGAUGGCAGCAAAGAAUGAGACAUGGUUCGAGAGGAACUGCCUGUCUGAUGACUGUGCUGCUGACCUGAGACUCCAUGGGAAACUACUGCUUUCUGGGCUCCACGUGCGUUCCCAUCUGGCCCUAGGAGGAGUGAGGAAUGUCUCUCUGAACGUGACCAUCUCCAACGCAGGGGACGAUGCCUACGACACCAACAUCUACUUCAACUUCUCCAGAGAUGUCUUCUAUAUCAACUACUGGCAGAAGGAAGAGAAGGGCAUUUCCUGUGGUCUUGUUGCUUUAGACUUCCUCCAAUGCAGCGUGGGAUUUCCCUUCAUGAGAGCAAAGACUAAGUAUCAUCUUGCAGUGAUCUUCGACACAAGUCGGCUUUCAGGGGAAAAUGGAACAUUGCAGUUUUUAGUUCAUGCAAAAAGUGCCAACCCUGAGCAUAGGCUGUUGGACAACAAGUUGGAUCUGUCUAUCCCACUGGUCCAUGAGGUGGACACAGCUAUCACUGGUUUAGUGACUCCAACAUCCUUUCUGUAUGGGAACUCCAUCGAUGCUUCUCGCUUCAUCCAGCUGGAGGACAUGGAGUGUAACUUCCAGCCUCUAAACUUCACCUUUCAGGUGAUCAACAACGGCCCCAGCAGGUUACCUGGCUCCAUAGUGGACAUCAGGAUCCCAAACCGACUGGCUGGCAAUGGGGCCGACAUGUUCCACAUCAUGGACACACAGGUGGCAGAGGGGCAAGGGAACUGCACCCCUCAUAGGAACCCCCAGCCCUGUUCCAUCUCCCAGGACAGAGAGAGUAUCUUCCACACCAUCUUUGCCUUCUUCACCAAGUCUGGACGCAGGGUCCUGGACUGUGACCGGCCAGGGAGAGCAUGUUUAACCAUCACAUGUACUCUGGGCUCCCAGUCCAAAGAGGAAGUUGUCAGUAUACAUGUGAAACUUCUACUAAACACAGAGAUACUGAAGAGGGACAGCUCAUCGCUGAUCCAGUUCGUGACUAGGGGUAAUGUGAGAGUGGACGGGAGGGCCAUAGAGGUACCGCAGGGGCUAUCAGAAGACACUUCACUGGUGUUCGAGGCGCUCCACAGCCAGGAGCCAAGAGGAUAUGUUGUUGGUUGGAUCAUUGCCAUCAGCCUGCUGGUGGGAAUACUCAUCUUCCUACUGCUGGCUGUGCUGCUCUGGAAGAUGGGUUUCUUCCGCCGACGCUACCGGGAGAUCAUCGAGGCCGAGAAAAACAGGAAGGACAGAGCUGACGAGAGCUGGGAUUGGGUGGAAAAGAACCACUGAGGGAAAGAGAAGACAAUGAGAGCACAGGGUGUGGGGAUUGGGUCAAUGGAGGAUCCAAUGAGCUGAGGGCUUUCACCACAGCCAGCCAAUCAGGAAUAAGGGCCCUUCAAUCUUCCAUAUCUGGAAGAGAAAUAAAUGGUCUCUGGAUUCUUUGGAGGGAGACUUUUUUUUGUGCGUGGGAGACUGGGGAUCGAGGGAACUAACAGGCAGAAAAUUGAGGUGGAGGUUGGUGUCGCUCGCUAGGAUCAGAUUCAUUAAGACCCUAAUUCAGUGCAACGGAAAUUGGAAAUGAGUGUUUCUUAUUGAACAAACCCAAGGAUUA